AUGUACAUCUAUCUUUAUCAUCGUCAUGGAUGGUGGUACUGUUGGGUAAUAUCAAACAUUGCUACAUUGGUGAUCUCUUAUAAACCAGAAGGAUCAAUGGUCAUGCAACAUCAACUCAAGUUGAAUGGUGGUGUCCAAGCUUGGAUCAAUCCAUACUGUAAUAUGGCUACUCCAAUGAUCCGUCACGACAGAAGCUACAUUUCAUCAUGUACAAGAGAAUCAAGAGUGGCCAAAGAGAUAGCAGCCGAUCAAGAUCCAAUUAUACAAGUGGCUGACGAGAUAGAGGUCUAUCGAGAGGCUGAUACAGAGGUCGAUCACCAAUUCCUUAACAGACCAAUUGUCACUCCUCCAUCAUCCAACCGAUCAUCAACUGUCACCACUCCAUCAACAGACCAACGGUCAUCUACCUCCACUACCACAACUGAUACACCAACAGAAAUCAAUCGGCAGAGGAUUGCCACACUCGAUUGGAUCCCAGUUAUCUACAUGUUGAUGAUCGAUUGGGCGUUGGGUAGUGACAAGUGGAUUUCAUCAAUAGACAAAAUCAUCACCGUUGACUGA